UUUUUGUGUUUCUUUUGUUAUUUUGUUGUAUCAAACAGAAAAUUAUCCAAAAAUAUGACAGAUUCUGGGGAAGAACCGGCUGGAGAAUCAUCAAAUUCGCAAAAAAGAUCGGAAAGUCAUGGACAAUACCACAAACAUUCUAUGGAACAAAUUCAAAUACUUGAUGCAUUCUUCAAGAAAUGCCCGCAUCCAGAUGAGGAUCAACAAAAACAAUUGGGUAGCGAAGCAGGGCUUGACCAUAAGCAGGUCAAGUUUUGGUUCCAAAACAGAAGGGCUCAAGCAAAGGAUGAAAAAGUAUCAAGUCUCAUCUCACAUGUUUUUGGAAGACCUUUUGUGAUGGAUUCAAAUUUGGCACCACAAAUAUCGACUCUUGGAUCACCAUCAAAUUCAUCUGAUGGAAGUUUGUUGAACGAAGACACACGUGGCUCUCCCAUUAUAUAUCCUCCUCUUCGUCAAGAAAACAAUCAAAAUAGUAAUAAUUUUCAUGCACAUUCAAUGAUCUCUCAAUCACCACAAGAACAUGAUGAAUGUAAUCAUGAUAGUAGGCAGCAAACAAUUAUGUUUGAGACUGUUGUUGCUUCUAUGAAUGAAAUGGUUGAACUUUGGAAGAUGAAUGAUCCUUUUUGGGUAGAUUCAUCAAGUGAUAGGCGGUGUUUUAUUCAUCAUGAGAUUUAUGGAAGAAACUUUUCAAAUCAAGUUCUACCUCCCCAAACAUCAACGUGUCGAAUUGAAUCAUCAAAGGAUUGUGGAAUUGUGUCAAUGACUGCAGUUGAGUUGAUCCAUAAUUUUCUUGAUCCAGUCAAAUGGAUGAACUUGUUUCCUACUAUAGUCACAAAAGCUAAGACUAUUGAAGUUGUUGAUUCUGGUACUUGGGGAGGCUCUAUGCAAUUGGUAAAAUAUUAAUCCAUCUUUUAGAUUUUUCCCCUAGAAAUUAAAUCAAUAUUGAAAUUGACUCAUAAAAUGAUCUUUUUUUUUUCUUGAAUUCAGAUGUAUGAAAAGUUGCAUAUUCUAUCUCCUCUAGUUGAAGCUAGAGAGUUUUUGUUCAUACGUGGUUGUAGACAACUUGAUGCAACAACAUGGAUUAUGGUGGAUAUUUCAUAUGAUAUAUUCAACGACAUUCAGAGUGGUGUACCUUCUUAUUCAUGGAAGUUUCCAUCUGGUUGUGCAAUUCAAGAUAUGGGCAAUGGCCAAAGUAAGGUUACUUGGGUGGAACAUGUUCAAGUAUAUGAAAAAUAUCAUGUUAAUCAUAUCUUUAGAGAUUUGUUGUGUGAUCGUGAAGCAUACGGAGCUAAAAGAUGGAUUGUUACACUUCAAAGGAUGUGUGAGAGGUUUAAUUUUCAAAUGGGUUCAACAUACCCUAACAGGCAUGAUUCCAAAGGAGUGUUUCAUGAUCCAGAAGGACUAAAAAAUACGAUACAAGUAUCUCAAAGGAUGGUUAAGAAGUUUUUUGAAAUUCUAAGCAUGACAGACAACCAUGGAGAUUUUUCGAUCUCACCACAGUUAAACCGUGGAGAUAGGAUUUCAAUAGUAAAAAAUGAAGAAACUAUCCAACCAAAAGGCUUUAUUGCCAUUGCAACUACUUCUCUAUGGCUUCCUCUUUCAUUCCAAGAUGUCUUCAGUUUCUUCAAUGAUUACAAGACAAGAAAUCAGUGGGAUAUUUUGACCGGUGGAAAUAAUGUGAUUGAAUUAGAUCGAGUACUAACGGGGACUUUUCCAGGAAACAACAUUACAGUUAUUCAGCCUUAUAAUAUGCAUAAGGAAAUGUUAGUGCUUGAAGAGACGAGUAUUGAUGAAAUGGGAGCAUUUUUAGUCUAUGCACCCAUAGAUUUACGAGCAAUCAAUUCAAUUGUCAAUGGAGGUGAUGCAACGAAAGUUCCCUUUUUGCCCUCUGGUAUCAUCAUAAGUCCCGAUGGUCGUCUCUCCUCGAAUAGAGACAGCACUCCAAAUGCACAAAAUGGUUCAAUUUUGACAGUGACAUUUCAAAUAAUGAUUUGUGGUAAUAAUAAUCCAACCUCCAGGCAGCAAAAAAUGGAGGUAGUGGGUUCGGUUCAUGGUGUUUUGAGCGCCACAAUAUUAAGAAUCAAAGAAGCAUUGGGUUGCUCUGAUUUGUGAUUGUUUAAGUUCAUUUUGUUUGUUUGUUUUGAAGAUUUCAAAACUAAGACAAUUGAUGGUUUUGAAGGAUGAUGUGUUCCCUCUUUUGUGACUUUUAAAAUCUCAAGACUGUGAGAUAUGUUUUGCUGCAAUCAUAUUUUAUAUUAAUACACUUAUUUGA